AAUACAUUAAAUAGUAAAAUUAUAGCAGUAUACUGGCUUAUACAAUUGUGUCAUUACAUUAAAGAGUUUAAUUUUCUUGGUUUGGUCCAAAUGUCAAUCCAGACCCAAAAAUGUCAAUUUUUCAGUGUUUUCAUUCAUUGAUUCAAUGAUGUUUCUGCAAAAUUACAAAAAAAGUCAGCAACAGUUUCACUUUUUAAUGUCAGCUUGAUUAUUUGUAGCAUCUAAAUCUGUUUGUAAUUGUGUGUAAAUGCAUUCAUGUACUUGAACUGCAUUAAACAGUCUGUGUAAAUAUAAACUAAAUACCACUUUACAAUCUUCAGAACAACUGAGUUGCAAAGAUAGUUUUGAUAGCCUUUGAUAAAUAACAGCUCUAUAUCUUAUUAUUCUUAAUUGGUUAUAUUUAAGAAUUAAAUUAAAGACGAGAACAUGUUCGAGAUCCUCUAAGAUAUCUAUUCACUUAUUUUUGUCUUGAAAUGGGCCAGUGGGGUUUGAGGAUUUUUUUCCAUGAAAAAGAGACUUUGUGGGCACGCACACACUCAACCCUCUGGCUCCUCCUACCCGAGACAGCAUAACCAAUCAGAGUUGAGGUUACUCUGAGAAGUUGAAGUUAAAAGGUUCAGUUGAAGAACGGGAGACCAACUGAAUACAAUUUUCAGAGCAAACUAAAUCUGGAUACCAAAAACGGAUCAAGAGAUCAAUACAACUGCUGAAAGGAUUUUCUUUAAGACAGGUCUGUUUUUCUAAACUACAGAGAUCAAGAUUUACACCAUCAGUGAAAACAUUAACGAAUAAAUGCAGGAAUAAUUUAUUAAAGAGGCCAUUUCAUCCAAAUGUUGCCAUAAUACAAUGUCUACAAGCAGGUAAUGUGUGAACAAUCAUUAAAGAGGAAAUCAAUACUGAGAAACAAAGAGAUCCAUUAUCGAUUCUUCAUUAAUUAUCGAUCUAAAGGAACUGGAAGAAACAUCAUCAGUGUCAGGAACAUCAUUCCAUAAUGGCAGAAAUAUCUUCUGGUUGUUUGCAGAUGAAAAACACUUUCUGUCCAAAAAGAAAGCAAAAAACAGAAGACAGCAAAUCUUUUACUUGCCCUCACUGUGAAAAGGAAUUUAAAAGAAAAGGAGACCUUGUGGAGCACAUGAGAAUUCACUCUGGAGAGUCCCCAAACACAUGUCUUCAGUGUGGAAAGUGUUUCACUCAAAAAAAUGGUCUUAAUGUCCACAUGAGGAUUCACACUGGAGAGCACCUAUACCCAUGUACUCAGUGUGGAAAGAAUUUCACUAGGAAAGAUAAUCAUGAUGCCCACAUGAGAAUUCACACUGGAGAGCGCCCAUACAAAUGCACUCAGUGUGAAAAGAGUUUUAGAACGAAAGCACAUUUUAUAAUUCACAGGAGAGUUCACACUGGAGAGCGCCCAUUCACAUGUACUCAAUGUAAAAAAAGUUUUAAUGAUAAAUCAACUCUCAGGGUGCACAUGAGAAUUCACACUGGAGAGCACCCAUACCCAUGCCUUCAGUGUGGAAAGAGUUUCAGUACAAAAGCUAAACUUACAGACCACAUGAGCAUUCACACUGGAGUGUACCCACACGUGUGUCUUCAGUGUGGAAAGAUUUUCACUAGGAAAGAUAGACUUGCAGAUCACAUGAAGAUUCACACUGGAGAGCGGCCACACAUGUGUUUCCAGUGUGGAAAGUGUUUCACUAGGAAAGAUAAACUUACAGAUCACAUGAACAUUCACAGUGGAGAACGCCCAAACAUGUGUCUUCUGUGUGGAAAAUGUUUCACUCAAAAAGCUAAUCUUUAUACCCACAUGAAAAUUCACAGUGGAGAGCAAGCACACCCAUGUACUGAGUGUGAAAAGAGUUUCAUUACGAAAGCAUAUCUAAAGAAGCACAUGAGAGUUCACACUGUAGAGUGUUCGUACACGUGUCUCCAGUGUGGAAAGAGUUUCACUCGAAAACCUAAUCUUGAUGCCCACAUGAAAAUUCACACUGGAUUGUGCCCAUACAUGUGUCUCCAGUGUGGAAAGAGUUUCAUUCAAAAACCUAGUCUUGAUGCCCACAUGAAAAUUCACACUGGAGAGCGUCCAUUCCCAUGUCUUCAGUGUGAAAAGAGUUUCAUAGCGAAAGGAUGUCUUAAGAAGCACAUGAGAGUUCACACUGGAGAGCGCCCGUACAUCUGUCUUCAGUGUGGAAAGAGUUUCAGUCGAAAAUAUAGUCUUAAUGUCCACAUGAGAGUUCACACUGGAGACGGGCAAUUAUGGUGUCCUAUGUCUGAAAAGGGUUUAAGACAAAAGUAAGUCUUUUGAGGCACAUGAGAAUUCACAUUUGUGCCCAUCAACAUUUUUUUUUCAUAAUUUUAGUCCAUAACUCUACAGGUGAAGGGGCCACUUUAUCUUCAAAUAUAUAAGGUCCCGCGGGCCAAAACUGGUCAGCAAUAGAAUCUUUUUUAAUAUUGUUUUUAUAGUGGCUGGUUCUGAAACAUGCGUGAGAUAAAGACACGAGUGCACGUCUGCUCAGCACGCACAAUAUGCGAGUAAAGGCUGGGAUGAGUACGUGCUUGACUCUCUCUAAUGCUCUCGCAGCUGGACAACACAUGCUCACUCGAUCAAGAUGACUUAUGGUGUCUUCGCACCUGUGAUAAGUUCUUUGAGACGCAUUAUAAUGCUCAGUUAACUGAAAUAAACCAGGCUUGUUGACGUAUGCGGCAUAAUACGGUUAGAUUAGCCGUGUUUGCACUACCGGGCAACAAGCGGGCGUGCCAGUGCCUGCCAGAUGAAUAGCAUUAGAGGUGUCAUGCCGAGUCAUCCCCCUCAAAGUGGAUUUUGCAUGCAUCUGACUUUGAUGCAAAAAUACUUUCCUCUAAUAAUGUUAUAUAAAAUAGGGUUGUUGUUGUUAUUUUUUAAGUUGCAUGGUUUCAACGCAAUUCAAUUAAAUGUGAAAAUACACUAAAAAUGACAGCAUUACAUUAAGAUCUUCUUACGUUGCAUCAAGUUGAUUCAUUUUAUUCCUUGUUUUUGCACAGUACAGCUCAUCACAGGUGUGACAGAUGAGUGCAUGAAUGUAAUGUUAACAUGACUUCUUGGUGUAAAAUUUAAUUUUUUCACUCAGUUUUUCAUAUGUGUAAAAUACCAAAUAAAUGAACUUCG